AUGGAUGCCUUCGUGAAGAAUCAUCUGUCUUCUCCCGUAAUUCCCACCUUAGAGCUGUUCGGAGCGAUUGCUUCGCCGUCCCAAAAAGAACACUUCUCCUACUUUCUUUGCAAGUGCUUUCAUGUGCUCCUUUGGAGUCGAUGCAAGAGAGAAGAUAUGCUCUCUCACCUCUUUCUUCAAGUCUUUGGCAGCACUCAUGCCGAAUUGGUGGACCAUAUGUCGCAGCUCUGCUGCGUACUGGUCAUUCUCUGGUGUCCUUGCUUGAAACUUUGGGAGCGCAGCAUUGACAAGGCUCCAGGGACGAUGCUUGCUAAUGACCAAGUCUCCAGGUACGACGGGGAGAUGUCUUGGUUGCUGGUUCGUGCUUUUCGUGUCGAAGUCAAAGGAUCCAGAAUUUUCGAAAUGUUCAUUUGGAGAGGAAUUGGCGGACAGAAACGCUUGUGCGCCUUGGCACUGCGUGCUUUCCAAGCUAAAGCAGGGCCGCGACAGGGAUUAGAUGAAAUACGGACGACCGAGAGACACAGUCUGGCGUUUCUUGAUGUAUACGGCCACAUCACUUACAGGAAAGCUGUGGCAGAUCCUUUGAAGCCGCCAUGUUGCCCAUCUACAUCGCCACUACUCUUCAACGCACUCACCGUCCUUUUAUCGCUUCAUGGAACGCACUGCAACCGCAAGAACUUCGUGCCGCACCAGCAUUUGAUAUGCAGAACAUCGCAGCGCCAAAACAACAUCCAUGAGUCUUUCCACCACCGUCAGCUUCGCAGCAAAACCCACCCCUUGCUUCAUCCAGACGAGCUCGUUAUAUGCAGGUAUCGGAAGAUGGGCGGAGAAGAUUCUGGCUCAUUGGUUAUGAUGUUUCCUGCACCAUGGAAAGGGAAAGGCGGCAAGAUCGAGUCUGCACAGGAAAUGGCACCUGGAAGCUAUGGAGCGACAAUCUUUGCUUCGACGAGGGAGCUGCUUCUCGGGCGAAGGGGACAUAGAAAACCAGGAUUGCGCACACUUGCGGGUGGUUCGAGGAGAACUCAAAAGGAUAACAUCACCUAUCAGUCGAUCUUGUCUCUGGAGGUUGACUUGAAGAGUGAGGUCGGCGUGAACACUACCUUGCCACUCGACCUAAACCAGAAAGUUCUCUCUGAUCGAAAUGGAGGAUUCGUGAGUCGAUGGGAACUUUUCUCAUCAUUUGGGCUAUCUACUGAUCAAACUGGUUAUGUGAUCUAUGUGAGUGAACACAGGGUGGUUCAUGCCCAUCAGUAUCAUAGCGAGACUGACGGAUGA